AUACUCCGUGGUAAAAACGAAACGCAAUUUUAUCGAUUUUUAAUUACAUGCGAUCAGCUGGAAAAAAAUGUGUACAUAACAGAAAACACUGUACUGUACUUAGUGUAAUGUAAACUCAAGAACGAAUCCAAAUAGAAAUCUUUAUUUAUAACGCCAAUUUACUAGUCACAAAUCCUGAGAUAGUCCUGAAUGUCAAAUGAAAUUUAUUACUGAUUCUUCAAAAGGAAUAUAAGUUGAAAAACCCUUCUUUAGUCGCAACUAGGCAAAAUGGAAGAAAUGGUAGAUACUCCAGGGUCCGAAUUCCCGCAAAUGCCGGCUCCUGAGCCAGCCAAGCAGUGUUGCAUUUGUAUGAAGAAGGACCAGAAAUUGCUGCAUCUUUGCUUGAUCAACGGGGGUGGCAACAGUUUGUUCUCGUUACUGUGUGACGACCAAGACGACUCUCCGGACGACAACAAAGAACCCACGCGCUUAAUAAUCUGCUGGGAGUGCGACGCCAUCAUGUCCAACGUCGUAUGUUUCCGCCAGCAGGCCUGUAAGGCUCAGAAGCGCCUUUCUAGCAUCGCUGAAGGACGGUCCAUGUCGCAAAACACCUUUGUUCUUAUACCACCGUCGUCAGGAGCCCGCAGCUCGGGUCCCGAGGCUAUCCUCGAGUACCGCACACAAACACACGACCUGACGCAGCCGGUGUUCCGCAUCGUGCGUUACGUGCUACCUGAUGGCUCCGCUGCGUCGCUACCUUCGGCACAAGAAGACUCGGGACAUCCCUCAUCGCUACUGGAGCUGCUGGAAGGGAUCCACCGUAACUAAAGGGAUUAUUACAACUAUUACAUCUAUCCUUUCGUGCGACACUUUCAAAUAUCUUGUUGCUAAGAGGAACAGGGAAACAAUAUAUACUUUUCUUUGUCCCUCUCAGAGAAAGCGUCUUGGAAAAGGAAAGAUCUAAGAGCUCCCUUAUUUAUAGAAAAGUGUAGAUUACCGGUCGGGUGUGAUAACUCGACUAUACUCUAGCAAGCCACCUUCCUUGCUAGAAAAAGCAGCGGAAUUUAAAAUUGGUAUGGAUAAUUGAUUUCUGGCGCCUACAUUUUUCAAAUUUGCUGCCUUUUUUUACUGACAAAGCUGACUUGCCAGAGUAUAUUUUGUACCUACUCUAAAAAAAACAUUAAACAAGGCCCACGGGAAAAUAAAGUUUGAGGAAUAAAGAAUUUUUUCAAGUCUAAUUUGUUGUUUCUCGCCAACAAAUUAGC